CCCCAGAGUCCCAGACCGACCCCCACUUGCCAAGGCGCCUAGCUAGCUCUUUCCCCACCAGGCCCACCCUCCCCAUUCGACCGGUUUUCUUUUGGGAGCAGCACGCCAGCAGCCAAUCGUGGGAGGCGGGGAGGAAAAGGAGAGAAGAGGGGGGUUGUUCACGAGGCCCGCGCCGCGCGGUCGUCCUCGUCGUCCUCGCCGCCGUAACCGUUUCCGAGCCCCCACCACCCCCACGUAGCAAGCAGUUAGCUUCCUUAAAAGCCUCGGCAGAUGGCCACAGGGCUUCCGCAACUCCACCACGUCCUCCUCCUCCUCCUUUCCCUUCUCUGCUGCUGCCGCCGUCUCCGCGCGAUCCAGAUGGCGCCGACCGCAGCCUCCGCCGCCGCCGGCGGGCCCGACGACGAGGCGGCCAGCGCGCUGCUGGAGCUCCUGCAGCGGGUGCAGACGGAGGCGCUGCGCGCGUUGGGGCCCGACGGCUUCGACCCCAAGCUCUACGUCGACCUGCCGCUGGCCACCGACGAGCGCACCGCGGCGGCCGCGCUGCCGCCGCCGCCGUCGACGUCGCGGGCGGAGCUGGAGUCCUACCUCGCGCGCUACUUCGGGGAGGCCGGGUCCGACCUCGUGGAGGCCGACCCGCCGGACUUCCAGCCCGAGCCGCGCGGGUUCCUGCCCCGCGUCGGGAGCCCCGAGGCGCGGGCGUGGGCGCUGGAGGUGCACGCGCUCUGGAAGGACCUGGCGCGCCGGGUGGCGCCGGACGUCGCCGCGCGGCCGGAGCGCCACACGCUGCUGCCGCUCCCUGGCAGGGUCGUCGUGCCGGGCUCCAGGUUCCGGGAGGUCUACUACUGGGACUCCUACUGGGUCGUCAGGGGAUUGCUGGUGAGCAAAAUGUUUGAGACAGCAAAGGAUAUUGCGCUUAACCUUGUGUACAUGGUGGAAAAAUAUGGUUUUGUUCUGAACGGCGCAAGAUCCUACUACACUAACCGAAGCCAGCCACCACUUUUAAGCUCGAUGGUUUUGGAUGUAUACGGGGCAACUGGCGACGUGGACUUUGUUAGGAGAGCAUUCCCCUCUCUGCUGAAAGAGCAUAGCUUCUGGAUGUCAGAGAUUCAUAAUGUAGCUAUUAGGGACAAUAAUGGUCAGGUCCGUAAUUUGUCUCGGUACCAGGCGAGGUGGAACAAACCUAGGCCAGAAAGUGCAACAAUUGACGAGGAAUUGGCUUCGAAGAUCAAUUCUAUAGCUGAUAAGGAAAAACUUUACCGCGAAAUUGCUUCAACAGCAGAAUCAGGAUGGGAUUUUAGCUCUCGAUGGAUGAGAAAUUCUACUGACAUGACAACAUUGGCAACAUCUUACAUUAUACCUGUGGACUUGAACACAUUCAUAUUUAAGAUGGAGCGGGACAUAGCUGCCUUUGCUAAACUCCUUGGAGAGAAUGCAACCUCUGAAAAGUUUUUAAAGGCUUCGAAAGCACGUCAUAUUGCAAUUGACUCUAUUUUGUGGAAUUCCGAGAUGGAGCAGUGGCUUGACUAUUGGCUUCCUACUGAUGGAGAUUGCCAGAAGGAGGGAGUCUACCAAUGGAAGUCCGACUCACAGAACCGCAACAUAUUUGCUUCUAACUUCAUUCCGUUGUGGCUAAAUGCACAUCAUUCAGGAUCGGUGCAAUUUGCCGACGCUGCAAAAUCAAAGAGAGUCAUGGCAAGCCUCCGAACAUCUGGAUUACUCCACGCUGCAGGAAUAGCAACGUCUCUAACAAACACAAGCCAGCAAUGGGAUUUCCCAAAUGGAUGGGCUCCGGUGCAGCAUCUUAUAGUUGAGGGGCUGUUGCAUUCUGGAUCAGAGGAGGCGGUGAAAUUAGCUGAGGACAUUUCCACGAGGUGGGUGAGAACAAACUACGCCGCCUACAAAGCAACCGGCGCGAUGCAUGAGAAGUACGAUGUGGAGGCCUGUGGGAAAUCUGGAGGCGGUGGUGAAUAUAAGCCCCAGACUGGUUUUGGCUGGUCCAACGGCGUGGUAUUGUCAUUCUUGGAAGAAUUUGGGUGGCCUGAGCACAAGGAAAUAGGCUGCUCACGACGGGGAGAAGUUGACCUCGCGGGAGCCUAAUCUGGUUAGGCCGGUUUACGACUGUACACACACGAGCGGGUGUAACACGGGCACAGCCGCACACCGCACAUAUGCAAGUAUUUGUAUUGCAUUCUGCAGUCAGCCGCCGGCAAGUGUUUUCUGUUUGCUCUUCGGUGUACCACGGUCUUCAUGUAUCUGCUGCGACAGUGUACUUAGUCCCGACUCCCGAGCCCCUGUAUAAAAGUGAAAUAUCCAUUUUGCCGUAGCCUAAUGAUGGAGGAAAAGAGUGCAAUAUUUUUUCCGUUCCUGUUUA